AUGCCUGUUUUCAUUUUGUUUGACGGAAUAAUUGAUCCAAUCGAUUAUGUGUACCAUAUUCAGUUGAAGAUGGCUCUGAAUAUGGAAAAUGAUUCCCUAAUGUGCAAGUGUUUUCCCACCAGUUUAGCUAGACCAACAUUCAACUGGUUCAAAAACCUGCCGAGGGGCUCAGUGGACAGUUUCCAAAGCUUGUGUGAUCGGUUCAUAAGCCAAUACUAUGGAAAUAAGCGCCCGACAAAGGAUAUCUCGAGUCUGUUCACGAUGAAGCAGCAUGAAGACGAGCGUCUCCAAGCUUUUCUUACUAGGUUCAACCUCACUAAGAGCAUAGUGAUUGAAUGCCAUCCUUCUACAGUUGUCCAAGCAUUCAAGCUAGCAAUGAACCGAGUUUCGACGGAAGAGAAGUACAGAGCGAAGAUCAGACAAAAACAAGUUCAACCACAACGCCAGACUUCCUGGAAGGCAGAGAAGAGGCCUCGAGAAGAAGAGCUGAUCACUCCACUUAAAGUUACUCUCGCAAGGCUGUACCCAGAAAACAAAGAUAAGUUUCGCUCUCCCUUGCCAAUUAGACAACAUCUUGAGCAAAGGAAUCAGUCUAAGCAUUGUGCUUUUCAUAGCAACUUUGGUCAUUAA